UGCUCCCCUCCUCUCCCACUGUUUAAAAUACCUUACUGCUCUUGAAUGCACCUCGGAUAUAAACUCUGCGGUUUGAACUUUGGACCAAACUCUUCCCACUUAGUUCGCAGACACAGCAGCCAUGGCAGGUCCUCCGGUUGUCAUAUGGGAGCGUGAAGUGGCGGGUCUGUUGCGCUACAGAGAGCUGGUCCCCCGUCUGGAGGACGCGUUGGGGAAAUUCUCCAGACGGGACAGCGCGGAGGUGAUCCAGCCUGUGCGCACCACCCUGCCCCUGCAGAAACACAGCGGCUUCCUGGGAGUGAUGCCAACAUACAUGGAGAACGACGGAGUCCUGUGCACAAAGUUCGUGUGUUUCUACAAAAGGGAGGACGGUUCAACUUUACCAGCAACGCAAGCCACAGUGAUGCUGCUAGACCCAGAGCAUGGGAAUGUAACGGCUGUCAUGGAUGGAGAGCUGAUCACAUGCAUGAGAACUGCUGCAGCUUCCGCCAUCUCUGCUAAGCUGCUGAUGCGUCAUGAAGCAGAGGUGUUGGCCAUCUUGGGGACAGGAAGACAGGCCAUGAGUCAUUACAAUGUCUUCACUGAAAUGUUCUCAUUUAAAGAGGUGCGUGUGUGGAGCCGCACAAAACAGAAAGCAGAGGAGUUUUGCCGCUCUGUCAGCGGUCCUGUGACGGCAUGUGCCUCAGUGGAAGAAGCGGUGAGGGGAGCAGACGCUAUAGUGACGGUAACCAGAUGUACAGAGCCAGUGCUCUUUGGUCAGUGGGUGAAACCAGGAGCACACGUGGCAGCGGUGGGAGCCUGCAGGCCAAACUGGCGGGAGCUGGAUGACGUGUUGAUGAAGGAGGCGGUGGUGUACGCUGACAGCCGGGAGGGAGCAAUGGCCGAGUCUGGUGACGUCAUCCUCUCUGGGGUGGAGGUGUUUGCAGAGAUUGGAGAUGUUAUUAAUGGGACAAAGCCUGCACACAGAGAGAAGACAACUGUGUUUAAAUCCCUUGGAAUGGGAGUUGAAGAUGCAGUGUCUGCUAAGCUGGUGUUUGACCAAUGGAAAGCCAAAGCCAGCCAACAAUGAAGAUUACAUGUAUUUCAGUCCUCUGUUUGACUUUUAAAGCACACAAUCCUAUUAACAUGAAGUCAAUGUAAGACAGGACAGCACAUAAAUAUAACAUUUUUCACUCCGAUUUUGCCAUAAUGCCAAAAUGGUAAGUCGAUAAAUCAUAUAGUUAAAUCAUAGUUAAAAAUAAUUGAUUAAAGAAACCUAAGUUGACAGAAGCUGUGCUAAUGCUAAUGUUAGUAGUUAAUGUGUUAGCAUGCCGACAUGCUAUAAUAACAUGCUGAUUGGACAUUGACAAUUUUUAACAGCGUUUUUUUUCUUUCAGGAGUUACACUACAGGAGAAUAGAACAAACCUUUUAAUUAAUAGAUAUAAUGAAACUUCCUGUUGAUUUCUUGCACUGACAGUAUUUUUUUCUGAAAUGUUUAAAUAGGCAAAUGACUCAUUAUCUUAUUAAAUAUUUGUACACUUCCAGAACAUAAAUCUGAACAUAACACAUGAUGAAGCCAUGUUAUUGUUUCAUUUUGUUGGUAUUUCAGAGUGAAACGUUUUUUCAGAGGGAAUUUUGGUGAUUUUGGUGCAAUAAAUCAAUAAAUACUGUCAAACAGCCAUGAAAGAGUUUGAGAAAAAUCUCAUUCUGAGAAAGUGGCAUGCAAAGAUAUGUGUUGUUACAUUAUGUAUAUUUUGCAAGACACUAAAGAUGGAUUGGGUAGGCAAUUUUGACUGAUAUAAACAUGAUACUUCCCUUUUUUUCUGACAUUCUAUAGAGUAAACAAAAAUCAUUACAUGCAGUCUUACUUAUAAUUCCCUUAAGUUAUAAGUGUUUGGAAAGAAGAUAUAAAUACAACGGAGCAUUUUCGAUGAAUUUAUUUGCUUUAAAAAAAAAAAAAAAAAUCAGCACAUUACUUGGUGAAAAUGAAACCACAUUUAGCAAGAAAAUAAAUCCAGGUGUGCACUUCCACUGCGCUGUUGAAACACUGAUAAAAUGAGUCCAGAUUUACAGCCAUUCCACAGAGCGCCCAUGCAAUUUGAUCAUUGUUCCUUUAAAAAUAAAAUGCGGUAGGAAUAGUUACUGCUCACAUUGUACGACAGACAUUAAAAUCAGUUGCGACCGUCGAGUGCAAAUACACUGGCUUGUAGACUUCAUACAGAUGUGGUCAAAAUGAGCGAGAACUUCUAUUGAGAAUUUCAAAUGAUUUAAACUUCACAGAUAGAUUGAAUAUGAACCAGCACGACAACACUGGCUGCGAUGCACCUUCACAUGCCCGACAAUCAGUCACAAAAUACUGUGUUCGCUUAACACGUAGCAAGAAGAGAGCAAUGGACUCAUCUAGAAAGCUUUUAGGAACAAAACGAGGUCAUAACCUGUUAAUUAUCUAGCAGAGACUGUUUUAAAUGCUCGUUAAUUCUAGGGAGUAAUUAUUAUUUUAGCAGCUGCUACAACAAUUAUCAGUCAUGUCAGGGUUAACCUUUCUGCAUGAUCGUAUCUUGCACAGAUUAAAACAAAAUUUAAAAAGUAGAGACAUUUUAGUGUUCAUGGAGCGACUACAGAGUGACCGUUGACUGAGUUUUGGCGACACCUCAGUCUAGUCAGAUGACACAUGUAAACAAAAACGGUCCGCCAGCCACAGCUGACAAGAAACUAACAGUGAAAAAAAGGAGAAAUUAGAGCUUCUAAAAUUAAAAUUAAAAUUAAAAAAAAAAAAAAGUAAAAUUUCAUCAAGGCAGCAGGAAUCUCUUAGUGUGCAGGGAAAAGAGUGCAAUGUAGGACCUCCUUCUCUUAAAUCUACGGUAAUUUCAUGGUAAAAU